AUGGAAAUAGAAAUAGGAAAAGAAGCGAUUAAGAGGAGUACUGAAUAUGCUAACAAAGGCCUUAGCGGGGUGUCUUUAAAACCCUUCCGUACAUAUUUCGAUAUAGACAAUACAUUUGUCCUAAAGAAGCUUGUGCUCAUCCUGUUUCCAUUCAAUAACAAAGAAUGGGCAAGUGACGAUGAAGGAAUGGCAAGGCCUGAGCUUUAUAUUCCAGUUAUGAGCUUUAUCUCCUAUGUCUUGGUGAGAGCAUUACACCUCGGGCUUGAAGGAGUGUUUAGCCCCGAGAAGCUAGGAAUUGUGUUUACUAGGCUGUUUUUCCUCGAAGCCAUGUGUGUGUUGUUUAUGAGAGUCUCUGGUUACUUUGUUGAUGUAACUCUCUGCACCCUUGAUGUAAUAGCAUACAGUGGAUACAAGUAUGUCAUUGCCGUGCUCCUCCGCCUGAACAAAAUCCAGUAUGUGCGGGUGAUUGGAGGAAUGUAUCUGUAUGUAAGUUUCUUUGUAUUUCUUAGCAGAAGUUUGAAGAGACGCGUGAUGGACAAGGGAGCAGAAAGGAUGAGAAGAGCAUAUUAUCUCUUUGGAAUAGUUGUCAUCCAAGAGUUUAUUAUGUUUCUGUUGUCUUGA